AUGAACUGGAUUAAAGACGAGGCCAAAACUGCGAGCCAAGCCUGGAGGAAGAGACCUCGCAGAUUUGCACCAAAGUCAAGGUUGGGUUGCAGAACUUGCAAAAUACGGCGGGUCAAAUGCGACGAGGCCCGACCUUCGUGCUUGAAGUGUCGGUCUACGGGACGGACUUGCGACGGCUAUGAUAUGGUUCCGCGCUGUGUCGAGGCUGGGGUGACGACGAGCCAGCAUCACCAUACCGGAGCCAUUGCAGCAGCAAGCUGCGGCCUAUUCGACGAUUGUGCCACUGCCAAUGUCCAGCGAGCACCGUCUCCAUCUUGUCAGAACCCCCACAGCCUGACUUUGCGAAAUCUAAGGCCAUUCAUGAUGCUGCCAGUCAUUGCUCCAACCCAGAUAGAGGCCAUGUCAUUCUUCGAGCUAAUCUCCGUCAAGCAUCUUAACGAAUACUAUCCGAGUGAGUCAUGGCGGAAGACGCUCAUGUUCUUUUCCCAAACAGUCCCAUCGGUACGACACGCCGCUAUUGCUCUGGCCCUGGUUCACCGGAACUACCACAACGGCUGUUCCACGCUGCCAGAACAAGAACCACUAUUACACUACAACAAGGCCAUCCAGCUUGUUCUGGCAGAAAGGAGUGGCGAUAGCAUCGAACAAAUGGCAAUAACGCUGUUAGUAUGUUAUCUGUUCACCAGUUUUGAUAGCCUGGCGGGCAACUAUCUCCGGGCUUUGACGCAUUUGCAAGGAGGUGUAGAGCUCUCGCGCAACAUUCCCAGUGCCAUCUUGAGCGAGAGCAAUGCCUCCAAUGUAAAUGUUCGUUCAGGAAGCCGCAUGUUUCUCGCGCACGUCACGAGGCAAAUACGGCGUCUCGAUAUGCAGGCCGUUGCAUUUAUGCCCCGUUGGAUUCCGGCCGACGUUCAAGAGACAGCAGCCUCUAGACUUUUGUCCUCCAAUGGCGCUUUUCAAUCGCUCAACCAAGCCGCCGAUUCCCUCCAGGUGCUUAUCGCUCGGUCCAUGAGGCUACAAUGGAUAGCGCAAGAAGCAUCUUUCGCUGAUGGGGUGCCGGCGAACGCUUCCAAACAGCUUGUUAUCGGACAGCUAGAAACGUGGUCGCGUCACUUCGAAGAAAUGCUGAAUCAUUCCAAUCACUAUGCCACAGACACGGAGAGCUACCGUCUCAUAUUGUUGUUGCGACUACAAAAUACCGUUCUGUGGAUCCUUGUCAGUAGCCUCGGCUUGGGUAGGGAGAUGGAGUACGAUAAGUUUUUGCCCGAGUUCCAGCAAUGCAUAGCCAUGGCAGACGAUGUCACGGAAGCGCAUCAGCUCUAUGCAGGGUCAUCAAAACCGGCAUUUACACCAGAGGUAGGUAUUCUCCCUGUACUCUUCAUCAUCGGAGCCAAAUGCCGGGACCCCGCGGUUCGACGACGGGUGUUGAGAGUCCUGCGGCGGCAGCCGCUGCGGGAGGCGGUUUGGGACAAUGUCUUUGCUGCAAGGGCUGUUGAGCGUAUAGCUGAGAUUGAAGAAGGCAAAAUUGGAGGGGUUAGGGCAAAGAGUAUGGACGAAAUUGCAGUGUGGCAGAGGAUCGAAUGUGUAUCUUGGGAACAGGUGGUCAGCAGCCAGUCCGUGGCGCGCAUGGAGUUGGAGUAUACAUUUUGCAAAGAAGAGGGAAAACACACCGAGUCUAUCGUGAUUUGA